GAAGCUAGAAAGGAUUAUAGCCAUGUCAUGAAGCAACUACUUCAAACUCCUAAUGAUGACAUUCUCCUGGCUAGGAGUGAGAUGCUUAGGAAAAAAGCAAGCUUUUUGAAUGAUGCAGAGAGAUCUUUUUACCAGCAGAAGGUUAAAACUAAUCUUAUCAUUGAGGGGGACAAAUGCACUAAGUACUUUCAUGCUAUGAUGAGGAAACACCAUGCUCUCAACUCCAUUCCCUUCAUCACCACUGAACAGGGAGGUGUGACUACUUCUAUGGAUGAGAUUUCAGACCAGUUCAUUGGGUACUACAACAACCUGUUUGGCACCACAACCCAGGAGGGUCUCUAUGGCAGAGGUCAAAGAAGCCCUUUUAGUAUUGGGAAUGAAACACCUGGUCCUGAUGGUUUUACUCCAGCCUUCUUCAAGAGUAAAUGGAACAUUGUGGGCCAAAGUCUUUGUGAAGCUGUGGAGGAGUUUUUUAGAAGUGGGAGGCUACUCAAGGAGAUCAAUCAUGCAACUGUUGCUUUGAUACCUAAAGUGAAAGAGAACCCUGGAGUGAAGGAUUUCAGACACAUAGCUUGCUCAAAUGUCACCUACAAGGUUAUCACUAAAAUCUUGUCCAACAGAAUGAGCCAUAUUCUGCCAGGUAUUAUUGAUAGUGCUCAGGCAGCCUUUGUUGAAGGGAGGAACAUUAUGGAUAAUGUUUUGCUUACGCAGCAGUUGGUUAGAAGGUAUGCCAGGAAAAUAACUGCUCCUAAGUAUGACUUGAUGCUGUUUUCCAGAGGAGACAUUGAGUCUGUUACUGUCCUCGCUGAUGCCCUCAAUCACUUCUCUCAAGCCUCUGGACUGAGAGUUAAUCCACAGAAAUCAAGCAUUUUUCUAGCUAGAGAAGUUAAGGAUAAUAGACAGGACAUCCUUAACCUGGUCCAAUUUCCUCUAGGAAGACUCCCUGUCAGAUACCUUGGUCUGCCAUUAACUUCCCAAAGAGCCUCUGAAAGGGACUUUGCACCUCUUAUUGCUAAGAUUCGGAAUGGAGUUAAGGAGUGGCUCAACUUGGAUGUUGCUCUCUCAACUUUAAACAAAGCCAUCAAAUGGCUUAGGAAGUCUCACCAUGCUCAUUCAAAUAUCAAGAAAAUGUGCAGAUUGGCAACCCUUAGCACUGUUUAUCACAUCUGGAGACGUAGGAAUGGGGCAUACAUUGAUCAGAUUGCAGUUGAUGUCCAUUCUACUAUCCAGAAGAUCAAAUUGAGUGUUUAUAAGGUGAUGUACAGGUUGUUUCCUAAUGCCCCUUUGAGGUUGGGAAUGGGUAAUGGUUGAGGUUGGACCUCAUUUUGACCUUUGGG